AUGGUGAGACAAAACCAAGUUGCUCCCUCUGUUGGAGGAUCAUCAGAAUGUAAGACCACAGUGAUAGCGAAAAUACUAUCUGCACUUGCCUUCAGAGAUUUAGAACUGGUAUCAACGAAAGACAAGCUCUGUACAACAUCAAUACCCGUUGGCUGGACAGGAUUUCCAAUAGGCAGUGCUGUUCGCAAAGAGACAGAAGUGGCUUUGGUUGUUCUGAUAGGUUCAAACGUCGUCGAGGAUGAGGACAAGGACAACAAUGUGAGCAGCUCAGAGGAACUCUCAGAUGAACUCUCAGACGAACUCUCAGAUGAAGUCACAAACGAACUCUCAGAUGAACUCUCAGAUGAAGUCUCAGAUGAAGUCUCAGAUGAAGUCUCAGACGAAGUCUCAGACGAAGUCUCAGACGAACUCUCAGACGAAGUCACAGAGGAACUCUCAGAUGAAGUCUCAGAUGAACUCUCAGAUGAACUCUCAGAUGAACUCUCAGACGAAGUCACAGAGGAACUCUCAGAUGAAGUCUCAGAUGAACUCUCAGAUGAACUCUCAGAUGAAGUCACAAACGAACUCUCAGACGAACUCUCAGAUGAACUCUCAGAUGAAGUCACAAACGAACUCUCAGAUGAACUCUCAGAUGAUGUCACAGAUGAACUCUUAGAGGAACUCUCAGACGAACUCUCAGAUGAAGUCACAGAGGAAGUCACAGACGAACUCUCAGAUGAAGUCACAGAGGAACUCUCAGAGGAAGUCUCAGAUGAACUCUCAGAUGAACUCUCAGACGAAGUCUCAGAUGAAGUCACAAACGAACUCUCAGACGAACUCUCAGACGAACUCUCAGAUGAAGUCUCAGACGAAGUCACAGACGAACUCUCAGAGGAAGUCUCAGAGGAAGUCUCAGAUGAAGUCACAAACGAACUCUCAGACGAAGUCACAGACGAACUCUCAGAGGAAGUCUCAGAGGAAGUCUCAGAUGAAGUCACAAACGAACUCUCAGACGAACUCUCAGACGAAGUCUCAGAUGAACUCUCAGAUGAAGUCUCAGAGGAACUCUCAGAUGAACUCUCAGACGAAGUCACAGAGGAACUCUCAGACGAACUCUCAGACGAACUCUCAGAGGAAGUCUCAGAGGAAGUCUCAGAUGAAGUCACAAACGAACUCUCAGACGAAGUCACAGACGAACUCUCAGAGGAAGUCUCAGAGGAAGUCUCAGACGAAGUCACAGACGAACUCUCAGAUGAACUCUCAGACGAAGUCACAGAGGAACUCUCAGACGAACUCUCAGACGAAGUCUCAGAUGAACUCUCAGAUGAACUCUCAGACGAAGUCACAGAGGAACUCUCAGAUGAACUCUCAGACGAAGUCACAGAGGAACUCUCAGAGGAAGUCUCAGAUGAACUCUCAGAUGAACUCUCAGAUGAAGUCACAAACGAACUCUCAGAUGAACUCUCAGAUGAUGUCACAGAUGAACUCUUAGAGGAACUCUCAGACGAACUCUCAGAUGAAGUCACAGAGGAACUCUCAGAUGAACUCUCAGAUGAACUCUCAGAUGAACUCUCAGACGAAGUCACAGAGGAACUCUCAGAUGAAGUCUCAGAUGAACUCUCAGAUGAAGUCACAAACGAACUCUCAGAUGAACUCUCAGAUGAUGUCACAGAUGAACUCUUAGAGGAACUCUCAGACGAACUCUCAGAUGAAGUCACAGAGGAAGUCACAGACGAACUCUCAGAUGAACUCUCAGAUGAAGUCACAGAGGAACUCUCAGAUGAAGUCUCAGAUGAAGUCUCAGAUGAAGUCACAAACGAACUCUCAGAUGAACUCUCAGAUGAUGUCACAGAUGAACUCUUAGAGGAACUCUCAGACGAACUCUCAGAUGAACUCUCAGAUGAACUCUCAGAUGAACUCUCAGAUGAACUCUCAGAUGAACUCUCAGAGGAAGUCUCAGAUGAACUCUCAGAUGAACUCUCAGACGAAGUCACAGAGGAACUCUCAGAGGAAGUCUCAGAUGAACUCUCAGAUGAACUCUCAGAGGAAGUCUCAGAUGAAGUCACAAACGAAGUCACAGACGAACUCUCAGAGGAAGUCUCAGAUGAAGUCUCAGAUGAACUCUCAGACGAACUCUCAGACGAAGUCACAGAGGAACUCUCAGAGGAAGUCUCAGAUGAAGUCACAGACGAACUCUCAGACGAACUCUCAGAGGAAGUCUCAGAGGAAGUCUCAGAUGAAGUCACAAACGAACUCUCAGACGAAGUCACAGACGAACUCUCAGAGGAAGUCUCAGAUGAACUCUCAGACGAAGUCACAGAGGAACUCUCAGACGAACUCUCAGACGAACUCUCAGAGGAAGUCUCAGAGGAAGUCUCAGAUGAAGUCUCAGACGAAGUCUCAGACGAAGUCUCAGACGAAGUCUCAGACGAACUCUCAGACGAACUCUCAGACGAACUCUCAGAUGAAGUCACAAACGAACUCUCAGAUGAAGUCACAGAGGAAGUCUCAGAUGAACUCUCAAAUGAAAACUCAGAGGAUGUCUGA